AUGCCCAUCACCAAGUACAAGGCCGCCGCCGUCACCUCCGAGCCCGCCUGGUUCGACCUGGAGGGCGGUGUCCAGAAGACCAUCAGCUUCAUCAACGAGGCCGGCCAGGCCGGCUGCAAGCUGGUUGCCUUCCCGGAAGUCUGGAUCCCCGGCUACCCCUACUGGAUGUGGAAAGUCACCUACCAGCAGUCCCUCCCGAUGCUCAAGAAAUACCGCCAAAACUCCCUCCGCGUCGACUCGGAAGAGAUGCGUCGGAUCCGGCGCGCAGCGCGCGACAACCAAAUCCACGUCUCGAUGGGCUUCUCGGAAAUCGACGACGCCACCCUCUACCUCGCCCAAGUCCUCAUCGCGCCCGACGGCAGCGUCCUCAACCACCGCCGCAAGAUCAAGCCCACGCACGUCGAGAAGCUCGUCUACGGCGACGGGCCCGGCGACGCCUUCGAAUCCGUCACCCCCACCGAGCUCGGCCGGCUCGGCCAGCUCAACUGCUGGGAGAACAUGAACCCCUUCCUCAAAGCCCUCAACGUCUCGGCCGGCGAACAGAUCCACGUCGCCGCCUGGCCCGUCUACGCGGGGAAAGAGACGCUCCGCGCGCCCGACCCCGCCACCAACGUCGCCGACCCCGCCUCCGACCUCGUCACCCCCGCCUACGCCAUCGAAACCGGCGCCUGGACCCUCGCCCCCUUCCAGCGCCUCUCCGCCGCGGGGCUCCGCGCCAACACCCCGGCCGGCGUCGAGCCCGAGACCGACCCGGCCACGUACAACGGGCACGCCCGCAUCUUCAAGCCCGACGGCACGUGCGUCGCGCGCCCGGACAAGGACUUCGACGGCUUGUUGUUCGUCGACGUCGACCUCGACGAGUGCCACCUCACCAAGGCGUUGGCCGACUUCGGCGGCCACUACAUGCGGCCGGACCUCAUCCGGCUGCUGGUCGAUACGCGUCGCAAGGAGUUGGUCACGCACGUCGCGGAUCCCGAGGGUGGGGUCCAGACGUAUUCGACGAGGGAGAGGCUGGGGCUGCAUUUGCCGCUGGAUGGGCCCCCGCCGCCGAGGGGGGAGGAGAAGAGGGGGCAGGUUGGUGUGGGCGCGGGGCUGGCGAGGAAGAGGGAUGAGAGGGAGGUGGACGGGUUGUGA